CUCUCUCUUUCGAACGUUGUUAUAUUUUCCGAACUCUCGUUAACCAAAUUACCUUUUAUAAAUAUGACGAAUAACAGGAGCAUCAAUUCUAACUUGAUAUGGAUAACGUUUACAAUUAUCAUUCUUGCUUGCAUAAAUUGCUGUAAAGGUGUCACAUUUGAAGAGGAAGUCACUUUAUCGGAAUCUGAACUUCACGCUUUGCAGGAGUUUAAACAAAAAGUUAUCCCAAAACUGAAGGUUGAUUAUAUGAAAGAAGACAUUUAUUUGGUCAAAUGGCUUCGAGCCCGUAAGUUUGAUGUGGAUAAAGCAGUUGAGUUUCUGAACAGGCAUUUAAGCUGGAGAGAUAGCACCAACUUCGACAAACUUGAUGACUCCGAUUUCCAAGACUUUAUUCAUGAUUAUCCCUACGAAAUUGUGGGUCAGGACAAGGAGGGGAAACCCAUUCUUCAUUGCUACUUGGGCGACUGGGACUUUCGAAAGGCUGCGCUUGCUGGAAAGAUGGACAAAAUGAUUCUAUACGCCUCAAAAAUGUUUAACGAUGCUUGGCUGAAGGUGAGAGAUUUGCAACAGAGUGGACAAAACGUGACCAGAUACGUGAUUGUGAUUGACGUUGGAAAAAUUAACAUCCGCCAACACAUUAACCCAGCAAGUAUGCCAUUUUACAUAGGAGUUGUGUUGAGCUAUGAAAGGAAUUUCCCCAAACAAGGAUCAAAUAUUUGGGUGGUGAAUACUCCUAGAAUAUUUGAAGUUGCUCUCACUCUAGCGAGAUCAGUUAUGGACGAAGAAACCAAAGCUACGUUUAAAGUGUAUGGCAACAAUAGGGAGGAAUGGACAAGUGUUUUACGAGAAUAUAUUGAGCCCGACCAAUUAACUCGGACGUUUGGAGGGACGAUGCCAUCUAAAUUUGGAUUUUGACGAAUUAGACGGCUAUUCAUAUAACAUGCAUGACAAUUUAUUUAUAUUCUGCAAGUUGAAUAAAUGCAAUCAACUAGAAAAUGUUGUAAUUAGUGCAAAACGAA